AUGCGUGAUAAAAUGAGGAAAUGGAGAGAAGAAAACUACCGAAAUAGUGAACAGAUAGUGGAUGUUGGAGAAGAAUUAAUUAAUGAAUAUGCAUCUAAACUUGGAGAUGACAUUUGGAUAAUAUAUGAACAGGUGAUGAUUGCUGCCCUGGACUGCAGUCGAGAUGAUUUGGCAUUGUUUUGUCUUCAGGAACUAAGGCGGCAGUUUCCUGGGAGCCACAGAGUUAAGCGAUUAACUGGAAUGAGAUUUGAAGCCAUGGAAAGGUAUGAUGAUGCUAUCCAGUUAUAUGAUAGAAUUUUACAAGAAGAUUCAACUAACACA